GAGUACUGACUCCCCACAAACACGGAACAGCUCUCCAUCCUGUUAGCUGCAGGUGGUUGAGAAACAGCAAUGCUGUGAUAUCCAGCGUUAAACUUCUGGGUGAGCAGAUUAUCAUGCCGCUAUAAUUUAGAAAUGUUUUGUGGUUACAGUAGUAUAUAUGUGUAUGAGGGGUGCAGUGUUUUAUAGUUAGCUAAUGAGCUCCAUGUGCUUUUGAAGUCUUCUCCUUGUCUGUGUUUAUUAUGGGCUUCCACUCAUUAAAAUCUCCUGUAAUUGCAGACGAAGGCUGUUGGUUAGCAGAAAGGAAUCUGUCCAUAACUGGAGGAGAGUUUACUACAACCUGUUUGACUUGCCCUCUCUUUGUUUGCAUUUUUUUCUCAUUAUAACUACUGUUGUUGUUGCGAUUAUUUGCAGUUCUUAGUUCAAUCAAUCAAUCAUUUUUUUUUUAUGAAUAUAGCACCAAAUCAUAACAGUUGUUAUCUCAAGACGCUCUCCAAAAAAGAGCAUGUCUAGACCACACUCAUUGUGUUGUUAGUCACCUGUAGACACAAAAUCCAGGGUGAUAACCCAGGAAAACCUGUUCUUAAUCUCUGGAUCAACUUGGCCAGAAAAAACACCCACUUCUUGAUAAAUUUCCACAGAGAAAUUUUUUUUCAUGACUGAUACUCUAGAUAAAAAAUAAAAUAACUCUGCAACAAAACAAACAAACCAAAAAAAAGGCAUGUUGAGAAUGUGGAACAUCCUGCAAACAACACCAUAAGUCAUUUUCAAAAACCUCCAGUACAGGGAAAUAAUUACAGACAAGGGACGGUUGUCAGUCUCCUCCUACAAGUGGAUAAGGUGGGGGACCAAAGGCUCGUGGAUAUAAAUAUCAGCUUCAGGACAGCUGACGGCAGCUCUGUCUUGUGUCUUCAAGACAUCAGUCAAGACUUUGAGGAAACACCUUAAGCAAGGUAAGAAAUUAAGGUAACUGCAGUCACAUGAAGGUAUCAGCAGAAAAGCUACUAUCUUCAGUGAUUUACAAAUAUAUGUAUGGCUGGGUUUGUCAUUUUGGGUAUUAUAUCUUGCUCUUUCUUUUUUAUUUCAGCCUAACCACCAGCAGAAUGGCAGGUAGGAGCUUUACUUGCACACAACUCACCGUCAUCAUCCUGUGUGCAAGCAUUCAUCCACAUGCAUCAUUUAUCUACAUCCAUUAAUGUGCGUGUAAAAUUUCCUCUCAGCACAACUGAAAAUCUCUCCUAAUCUGCAGAUGAAAGCUUUCUGAAGGAGUUCCUGGAAACUCACAACGCCUACAGGAAGAAGCACAACGCACCACUACUGACAUACAACAGCGAGAUGAACGCCACAGCUCAGAAAUGGGCCGAUCACUUGCUGGCAAAAGGCGUCUUUGAGCACAGCCAAACUUCAGAUGGAGAGAACAUCUACAACAUGUUCAGCUCUGCACCCAUCAAACUGACAGGUAGACUAUUUAAGUAGUUCCUCUUUUUGUACUACGUGAAACCAGAGCUGUGAAGAUUUGCCACAAGAUAUUUAAGUAAAACUGAAUUCACGCAGCGGUUUUUAAGCAAUAGCCUUUCCAACCACUUCCUGCAAAGAUGUGAGCAAAUAUUUCAAAAGACUUGACUGAGUUAUCUAAAUUUCUGACACAAUGACAUCCAUCUGUUGUUGUGAUCCAGAGUUUAAUCGGCCCCAACUAUAGGUAAAUUAAAAAGCCAUUGCAGGUGAUUUUGUUGUUAUUUUUGACAGGAACUUUUUUGGAUGAUGUAUUUUGAUGUGUUUUUUUCUGUAUUUCUAGGUGUACUUGUAAUCUUUUAUGCAUUUUUCCUCUCUCUUUUCUCUUACAGGUAAAGAAGCUGUAGAUUCCUGGUACGGUGAAAUCAAGGAUUACAACUGGGGCAAACCUGGAUUCAGUGGGAAUACAGGUAAAAGUCACCCUACUAGAUGGAUGAUAAAUUCCUAGAUGGGUCUAAAACCUUUUUAAAACUUCAUUUUUAAAAACUUCAUUUUCAUUGAAUGACCGAAACAAAAGGUGGCCUGAAAAUAUUUGUCAAGUUUUUAAUUGUACAACUUAGAGGAAUUUAUAAUUUUGAAUUUUCAUGCAAAGGUGUCCAUUUAAAUGAUGCCCUUCAAGCUUAUACAGUCAAUUAAAUCCUUAAAAAUGUUGUGUUGACACAUGAUUCACACAAGAUAAGAUUUGUGAUUUGCCUCCAGCAUCUGACUUGGCAUAGUUGCACAUUUACUGCUAUUUAAAAACACCAAUGUUCUGCACAAAAUACUCUCUGGGGGCAGCAGCACACUCUACUGUGUACACAGCCUGCCAGAGAUUCAUAAAAGAAGAAGAUGUCCAUUUAAAAAUAUCAUAUAAAUAUUAUGACUUUAUGUCAUAUUAAGAUUAUAGAGUACUGUGCAACACAACAAUUUGUACUCAGACAAACCCCAGUUUUUCCCUCUCCAUUUUCAAGAGUAGUUAAAAUUGACUUGAAAGUGUCAUCAAGUGAUUAAGUGAGUGCCAAGCAGCAAUAACUAAAGUGCACUUUGCAGGCAAAUUACCUUAAUGUGCACUUAGCCCACUCCCGCAAUAAACUGAUUCAUGCUCCUUACUGCGCGCUGCAAAGUGUUUUAUCUUUAGACAGAUUUUAAAGCACUUUUUCUGGUUGCAGGUCUUCAAUAUUAUCAGAGAAGGAUACAGUCAGUGAUAUGCCCUAAGAUGUUAAAUGUACAAAUAACAGACACAGUCAGUCCACAUGGGUCUAAAAUCUUUUUAGAUUUCCUGCAUGAUUAUGGAAAUUAUCAAAGUACUAAUCCUGUGCAAAUAAUUUUACUCAAAAGUAAUUAAAUGAUUAAAAAAAGUUUGCAGUUACUUCAGUUUUCCAUAACUCUGAAACCCUUGUAAUUUAUGUUUAUUUUAAAUAUAAAGUAAAGCAUUUUUUAUUUAAUUAAAAAAAGUCACUGCUUGUCAUAUAUUUAAAAAAAGAAUAACUUAUAUGUUUAUUUGAUCGGGCUUGAAUUUAUUUAAAUCAAAAAGUUUUUAACCCAAGAAUCCAAAAUUGCCACUAUAAUGGAGAAAUUUUACAUCUGCUUCAGUUGUAAUGAAAGUUGACCCGUGAAUGUUUUGUACCUCUAGGUGGCGCUGUACUUUGUUUCUCACUAACACUGAAGUUUGGAGUCAUGGAUGUAUAGGGAUUCACGGUGCAGUGCUACAUUUCUCCCUGAAGGUCAUUUCACUCAGGUGGUGUGGAAGGCGAGCACUGAGCUGGGAGUGGGCGUGGCCACUGACGGAAACAAGGUGUUUGUGGUUGGACAGUACAGGCCACCCGGGAACAUGAACAUGCCUGGAUACUUUGAGGACAACGUUCUCAAAGCAGGUGACACAUGAUCUAGAUUACGCUUCUUUUAUUCUUCUAAACACUCAUCCUUUCAACAUAUUCAACAUAAAAAGAUUGAAAACUAUAAAAAUUGAUGCUCAAGAUUAAAUAUUCCUGUAUAUUUUCAAUGUCUAAAUCAUGUUGUGUGAACAGAUGAUCAGAUGAUUGACAAUAUACUGAUGCUUCAAUUUUUUUACUGUGUAUUUGACAAUUUAAAUUUUCUGAAGGAAGCAGUUUUAUUAUACUUUUUUUUGUCAGAAAAUACCACCUUACUAUAAAAAAGAAAUAAAUAAUUAAAGAAAUAAAGAAAAAUAUACAGGAAGUGAUGAGAUGAACAUCUUUGCGCAUAGGGGGCGUCAAAUCAACAGAAACUGAAUGUGCCUCACACAAGUGUUUUUAAUAAAAUGAGCACAAUUAAUACAUAUUGUAAAAUUGUGAUUAAAAAAAAAUGAAACACCUUUCAGAUAAGAUGAAAAAUCCUGGGGGUGGUUAAGGACCCCUAACCAUGUAUGAUUUAUUUAAAACUAUUUACCACAGUAGUUAUCUGUAAGGUUUUAGUCCACAAAGUAACAAUUUUGAUAACUUAUCCUUUUUUUAUUAUUUCAUAGUUGUAUUUCACUGCCAUUUAGAGAGGAAAAAAUCAUGUCAAGCUGAAGUUGACAAAUUUCUAACUCGCAAUAAGCUGUCCAAUAAAACGAUACACACAAUACAUGACCAUAAAACAUUACAAGAGCUGAAAUUACAAGUCAAAUGAUAAAUUACUUUACAAAUAUCUGCUGAUUAUUGGACAAAUUCAACAUUACCAUGCCAUCAAGUGAGCAGCUUCUCUUUAUCUUUAGUUUUAUCUGUGGCAGGCCUCAACAGUAUUUACUAUCACUUUCCAGAGUAAAGGCUGUGCAUUUUACAGCUGGCAGACAGCCGGAUGGAGCAGACAAACCCAGCAGUGAUGGUGGAGGAGGAGGAGGAGAAGGAAAAGUGAGCCUGAAGAAAACCUGCACACUACUAUAAAAGACCUCAACAGCCCCUGCAAAGCCGAGAUCAUCAAAGUCCCCAAGCUCUGCAAACUUUUAUACAUGACUGCUGGAUACUUGUUGCUGUACAUACAUUUAAAAAAUGAAAUAAAAAUCCUCGACUUAAAAACUU